UCCCUUCAUUCUACAACAGGACCACUCAGAAAACAGAGGGAUUCCAGACAUGAAACAAUCUGGUCUAGCUAACACCUCCUAACAAAGGAUUCUCUCAGGCAGGAAGAAACCAGCUGUAUGGCCAUUCAAUGCUAAUCAAGAUGGCCAAUUACAACAUCCACACAUGCCUCAAGCAGACUAUAGAGAUUCUUUUUCCCACCCUGGGCCUUCCAGAGAUAUAUAAACCCCACUUGCAUUGUUUUCCAACAGACAUCACAACCUCUGAAGAUGCCUGCCAUAGAUGUGGGCGAAACGUCAGGAGAGAAUGCUUCUGGAACAUGGCCAGACAGCCUGGAAAACUCACAGCAACCCAGAAAAGGUUUGUCAAGCCUCCAAGAGACGCAGGAAAGGAAGGAGGGGAGGGAGGUUGUGUCUACUCCUCCUCCGGAGAAACCCUCCCUUUCCUGGCGAAGGAGGAAGGCGCGGUUUGCAGGAACCCAAAAGAGGCAUCUUGCAGAGGCAUCCAGGACCAGCACUGACAUCCGCGUUGGAGAACGGAGAGAGAAAAGCUUCAUCAUGGAUCAACUGGCCAAUGCGAACACCCAUUUUGCCCUUGAUCUCUUCCAAAAGUUGACUGAAGCCAACUCAACAGGCAAUAUCUUCUUUUCUCCACUUAACAUAUCAUCUGCACUCGCCAUGGUCUACUUAGGGGCCAAAGGUGACACAGCAACACAGCUCUCAAAGGCGUGUCACUUUGAUGCUGUUGAAGAUCUUCAUGUAAAGCUGCAGGCACUCAGUACUAAGAUAAACCGGAGUGAUGCGCCUUAUGUACUGAAGCUUGCUAAUAGAUUGUAUGGAGAAAAAACGUAUUGCUUUCUGAAGGAUUACUUGACCAGCACUCAGAAGCUAUAUGGUGCAGAGCUAUCCAUGGUAGACUUCUUAAAUGCUGCACAAAGUGUACGAACACAAAUUAACCAGUGGGUUGAGGGACAAACUGAAGGUAAAAUCACUGAGUUGUUAUCUGAAGACUCUGUUAAUGAACUGACCAAACUGGUUCUGGUGAAUGCGAUUUACUUUAAAGGUUCCUGGGAAGAGAAGUUUGAUAAGUUUGACACCACAGAUAAGCCUUUUAGGCUUAGUAAGAAGGAAAAGAAGAAUGUGAAGAUGAUGUUCAUGAAAAAGAAACUCCCAUUUAGUUAUAUUGACGAUUGCAAAUGUCGAGUGCUGGAACUGCCUUACCAGGGAAAAGAGCUUAGCAUGAUCCUCCUGCUCCCUGAUGAUAUUGAGGAUGAUUCCACUGGCCUGGAGCAGUUGGAGAAGCAGCUCAUCUUAGGCAAUCUCCAGAAGUGGACAUGCUCCCAAAAUAUGUAUUCCAACCAUGAAGUCUAUGUUCAUCUGCCUAAAUUUAAGCUGGAAGAAAGCUAUGAUCUUCAGUCGUAUUUGGAAGCACUGGGACUGCGGGAUGUCUUUGGCAGUGGCAAGGCGGAUUUAUCUGGAAUGUCGAGAGCCCGUGACCUCCAUGUGUCCAAGAUAGUUCACAAGUCCUUUGUGGAAGUGAAUGAAGAAGGGACAGAAGCGGCGGCAGCAGCAGCAGCUGUGGCAAUGAACAGCAUGCCCAUGAGAGAGAAAUUCAAUGCUGACCACCCAUUCCUCUUCUUUAUACGUUAUAACCCAACAAAUACUAUUCUUUUCUUUGGGAGAUUUGCUUCUCCAUGAAAAGUAAAACAACAUAAUAUGACCCGCAAUGUCCAAGGCCCCUUCUACACAGCUGAAUAAAAUCCCACUUUUUCUGCUUUGAACUGGAAUAUCUAGCAGUGUGGACUCAGGUAACCCAGUUCAAAGCAGAUAAUGUGAGAUUUUCUGCCUUGAUAUUCUGGGUUAUAUGGCUGUGUGGAAGGGCCCCUAGUCCACUGGACUGCUUGCAUCAAAAUUGGUGUCAUUUCUCUCCUGUUUUGGUAAAGGGAACUUAAGGUCAGAAUUAUUUCCAGUGCUGAAAGUUUUUCAUAAGCAACCAUCAAUCUCUGUUUCUGCAUUAUCUUGAUUUUGAGUCUUUGACAAUUUAUGCAACAUUAUCUUCUUUGUAAAACCACUUGUGUGCUUCCUGCUUUAAUAUAGGUGGUUUCUUUUUUCAAAAAAAAAUCAUUUUAUUGUAAAAUUUGUGAGCAACUUUAAUACAUUUCUUGUUAUGACAAA